AAUUUUGUUUUCAUCCUUAAUCUGAAAAUGUACACAAAUGACAACUCCCACCGCUCUAUAUAAACAAAACAACUUUGUACCAUAACCAAACCAAAUCAUACCAAAAAUUGAUUCAACCAUGGCAUCUUCACAACCAUCUUCCACCACCAUCAAUGAACAACUCCCACUAAAACCAAUCCCCGGCACCUACGGCCUCCCCUUCAUCGGUCCGAUCUUCGAUCGCCACGACUAUUUCUACAACCAAGGUAGAGACAAAUUCUUCUCAACAAGAAUCAAAAAAUACAAUUCAACAAUCUUCAAAACCAACAUGCCACCGGGUCCAUUCAUUUCCUCCAACCCAAGAGUGAUAGCACUCUUAGACGCAUCUUCUUUCCCAAUUCUCUUCGACAAUAAAAAAGUCGAAAAAUACAACGUUCUCGACGGCACUUUCAUGCCGUCGACAAAAUUCACGGGCGGACACCGUGUGUGUGCUUACCUUGAUACAACCGAACCAAACCACGCUGUUAUUAAAAAUUUCUUUAUUAAUGCUCUUUUAUUGAGAAAAGACACUUUUGUCCCUCUUUUUAGGAGUAUACUUUCCGAUGUUUUUAGUGAGAUUGAAGAUGGGCUUAGUGGGAAAAGUGGAAAAGCUGAUUUUAACUCUAUUGUGAGUGUGGCUUCGUUUAAUUUCAUGUUUCGGUUGUUUUGUGAUAAUAAGGAUCCUUUGGACACUAAAGUUGGUUCGGAGGGUCCUAAGAUGUUUGACACGUGGCUACUAUUUCAACUUGCUCCACUUGCAACUUUAGGUCCUCCUAAGAUUUUCAGCUACCUUGAAGAUCUCUUGCUCCGUACUGUUCCCUUUCCGGCCUGUUUGGCAAGGUCCUCUUACAAAAAGUUGUACGAGGCAUUUUCUAGUUCAGCAACAACAAUUUUAAAGGAAGCUGAGAAAGCUGGAUUGAACAGAAACGAAGCUUGUCACAAUCUAGUUUUCACAGCAGGAUUCAACGCAUACGGAGGAUUAAAGAAUCAAUUUCCAAUACUGUUCAAAUGGAUUGGUUUGUCAGGCGAAGAAUUACACAAAGAACUCGCUAAUGAGAUAAGAAGUGUAGUGAAGAAACAUGGUGGAGUAACAAUUGAGUCGUUGGAAAACAUGUCGUUGACAAAAUCAGUUGUUUAUGAAGUACUGAGGAUUGAACCUGUUGUGCCUUAUCAAUAUGGAAAAGCAAGGGAGGAUUUGAUUGUGAAGAGUCAUGAUGCAUCUUUUGAAAUUAAAAAGGGUGAAAUGAUAUUUGGGUACCAACCUUUUGCUACUAAGGAUCCUAUGAUUUUCGAUGAUGCUGAGGUUUUUUUGCCUAAGAGGUUUGUUGGGGAGGGUGAGAAGUUGUUGAAGUAUGUUUUAUGGUCAAAUGGUAAAGAAACAGAUGAGUCUUCUGUUGAUAAUAAACAAUGUCCUGGGAAGAAUCUUGUUGUGCUUUUGUGUAGACUUUUUUUGGUUGAGUUUUUCUUGCGUUAUGAUACUUUUGUUGUUGAAACUAAGAAUGUUGCUUUUGGUGCUUCUGUUUCUAUUACUUCCCUCACCAAGGCUUCUAGUGUCUGAUUUUUAUUUUUUUUCUUAAAUUGUAUUUAGUGUGUUUGUAAUCUUUUUAAAAUGUUAGUUAUUUAUCUUUAUUUUGAUGUUAAGUUUGUUGUUUAUGUUUAUCUUUUUAAAAUGUUGACGCAUUGAUUGAGUGUAAGUUUAAGUGUUGUGUUAUGGAAAUUGAUUCCCCAUUGUUGGAAAAAAACAUAAAGGAGUAACAUGUUCAUUUCAA